AUGACAGUCUCCCAAGCCGCCGAUGACCGCAGAGGUCCGAUGAUGUGCCGGUUUGCCUCCCUCUCCUUCUCUCUUGGGCCCUUCUUUGAACAAGGAUGGGCUAUCCGCCCGGUGGACAUGGAUGGAUGGGUGGGUGGGCUGGGUGGGAACCGGGAAUGCUCGAAAGUCAAGAAAACCCGCUGCAUAAUUCCAACACCAGUCACUGCCAUGGAAUGGUACCUCGUUAGGACUAUGAUUCAUACCCGCGGAGAGUCUCUGGUGUUUCCCAUUAACGUUUUAACCAAGGUCAUUAAAGUAAUUCGUAGCCGGUUCGGAUCGACUGAUUGCCCGAUUAGACCCUCAGAUGCCCCGCGCUUCAGAUGUGUUAGCGGAACUACGGGUCUCCUCAAACGAUACACAGCCCUGCUGAAUGCUAUGGGAGCUCUGCAUAUGACCGCAGCGGCAUCCUCAACCCUUUUGGAAUUCUUCUUAGUCUUAGGUCGUCGAAGCGUUGCAUUUCUCCUCUUAUCUGAGUCAAACUAUCGGCCAGACUGUAAUCUAUACCUCUCACGGUCAAAUCAAGGUGUUCCGGACGAUGGGAGAUCGCGCGCCCCGAGGUUAGCGGCAAUCCCGGGCUCGUCACCCCCUUACGUUUGUGCAUCACAAGCUCAGGGCAGCUGUACGGCUGGGAGGUGGAUCGAUUAUGUUUCAGAAUGGCCUGGUUCGACGGGGGAAGUCCUAAAAAAUGCCAAUCACUGCGAUGGUGUAACCGACACUGAGCUUCGUCGUGCAGAUAGCAACGAUCUGCGGCACGCAGCAUCUGGUCACCACAGACGCUCCGAAAACAUCCACGGGCCCACGCUCGAUUCCGAUACCACGGAGGGGACCGUACCGCGAUGGCCUCGCAGCACCAGGCUCCAACACGUUGAAGAUUAUGUGACGCGAUGGGGCCUACCCUCCUUCAAGGGGUUCCAGAAGCUCCCUCUCCCACCGCCUCUUUUGCGGACAUGUGAAGUUGAGGCCGAACAGGCUGGCGCAUACCUUAUCGCUGCAGAUGAUUCAUCUGCUGGCUUGGGUCGUGCUGGCAAUGGUUCUGUUCAGCUUCCGCCAGGAUGCAAGGCUACCGUACCUGUCUAG